AUGUUCGCUCGACAAAUUGGUCGCGUUCUUGCGGUAACUGCCAACUCUGUUCGCAGAAUCAAUACUACCUCGGCUGUGAAGCGCAUAAACCUAGCUGCCCCGUCCGUCAGCUUCGUUCAAACUAGGGGAAGCAAAAUCGAAGUUUUCGGACCAUUCGAUCCACCAAAGCAGCUUACUUUCAAAGAGGUCGAAGAGCGGGUUUUGAAGGCAGUCCGCUCAUGGGAUCGUUUCCCAGCGGACAAAGAAUCCCUUCUUAAACUUGAUGCUAGUUUCAGCAAAGAUUUCGGGUUCGAUUCUCUUGACCAGGUCGAAAUCGUGAUGGCUCUUGAGGAUGAGUUCGGUUUUGAAAUCCCACUUCAAGAUUCGGAUAAGUUCCAGACCAUUCGUGACGCUUUCAAGUACAUCUGCGAGCGCGAAGACGUAUUCGAGUAG